AUUCGAUCACCUUCGCCACGUUUAGAGCGGACGGAAUCACGCAGCAGUGCCCUUUUCUCAAACUCCAGGCAAAGGAUUCCGAUUUCAUCAUCCAAUCGCGAGUUUUGUUUGAAUUAGUGCUUCGUCAAAAAUCAGCGUAGCGCCACAUAAUGGUUCUGGAUUUGGAUCUGUUCCGCAGCGACAAGGGCCACGACCCGGCCAAAGUCCGAGCGAAUCAGGAGCUGCGCUUCAAGGAUGUCGGCCUGGUGGACACGGUCAUCGAGCAGGACGGCGAGUGGCGCAAGUGUCGCUUCAACGCGGACAAUUUCAACAAGCUGAAGAAUCUGUGCAGCAAGGAAAUCGGCGAGAAAAUGAAGAAGAAAGAACCGCAAGGGGCGGAAGAUGAACCGGUGCCGGAAGCGGUGGCCACGGAUUUACUCGGGUUGAAGAGUGAAGAUCUGAAGGCGUUGACGGUAAAUCAGAUCAAGAAGGUUCGGGGAUUGAUUGAUUCGGCGAUGGUUGAAAAUGAAAAGAAAUUGAGCGAAGCCGAAGCGAAACGAAAUUCCGCCCUGCGGGAAGUGGGAAAUCAUCUCCACGAGAGUGUUCCGGUCAGCAACGAUGAGGAUGAAAAUAAGGUCGAGCGUACGUUUGGAGAUUGUGAGAAGAAGCUGAAAUACUCGCACGUUGAUUUGAUCGUGAUGAUUGACGGAAUGAAUGGCGAGAAGGGCGCAGUCGUUUCCGGUGGUCGAGGAUACUUCCUGACCGGUCCAGCUGUGUUCCUCGAGCAGGCUCUGAUUCAGCAUUCGUUGCACCUUCUGUACGGCAAGGGAUACACUCCCCUGUACACGCCGUUCUUCAUGCGGAAGGAAGUGAUGCAGGAAGUGGCUCAGCUUUCCCAGUUCGACGAGGAACUGUACAAAGUUGUAGGAAAGGGUAGCGAAAAAACGGAGGAAGGCGUCAGCGAUGAGAAAUACUUGAUUGCGACUUCGGAACAACCGAUUGCUGCCUAUCACAGAGAUGAAUGGAUCCCAGAAGCUUCCCUACCAAUAAAAUACGCGGGAUUGUCCACUUGCUUCCGGCAGGAAGUUGGCUCGCAUGGACGUGAUACCCGUGGUAUCUUCCGGGUACAUCAGUUCGAAAAAGUGGAACAGUUUGUGCUGACCUCUCCUCACGAUAACAAGUCCUGGGAAAUGAUGGACGAGAUGAUUGGCAACGCAGAACAGUUCUGCCAAUCGUUGGGCAUCCCGUACCGUGUGGUUAACAUCGUUUCCGGUGCUCUAAAUCACGCUGCCUCAAAGAAGCUGGAUCUGGAGGCUUGGUUUGCCGGAUCCGGGGCGUUCAGGGAGCUGGUAUCGUGCAGCAACUGUUUGGACUACCAGGCUCGGCGGCUGUUGGUGCGCUACGGCCAAACGAAGAAGAUGAACGCCGCCGUAGACUUUGUUCACAUGCUGAAUGCCACAAUGUGCGCCACGACUCGAGUUAUUUGCGCCAUCCUGGAGACGCAUCAAACGGAAACGGGAGUUAAGGUCCCAGAGCCACUGAAGAAGUACAUGCCCGAGCAGUACCGCGAUGAAAUUCCGUUCGUGAAACCGGCCCCGAUCGAUGUGGAAGCGGCUGCGGCCGCUGCGAAGAAAGAGAAAAAGGGCGGCAAAAAGGAAGGUGCUGGCGCAUAAUCAACUUGCAACAAUAAUAAGAAUCCUAGUAAGACACAGCAAUGGUUGAAAGCAUUUACGAAUGACAUACGACGGUACUUUUGCUAGUUGCAUAAAAUUUAUCCGCAGCAACCGAUCGGAGCGAAAGUUCAUUAAUUUAUCUCAAUUCACCGCAGCAUAAGAUGUACUUUUAAAUCAGUUAAUAAAUUCGAACGCGCAUGCUUAUAAGGCUGCUUUCUGAAACGAA